UGUCAUAAGCAUCAAAACAGUUAUUUAACUUUUUAGUGCCACUAAACUGAAUGGGAUUUUUGAGUUAGACUUGAUGCUGCCCCACCUACCCCAGCUUGGUGUUGCUGAAUCAGGGCUGUUGCUGGAAGUUUUCCAGGCCUGGAGAGGGCAGGGAGGAGCUGUCGGUGCAAAUCUCUGUCCUCAUCAUCUGAUCAGUCAGCUGCUUGUGUCAGUGCCGGGCACUGUCUGCAGGAUGCAUCCUAUACAGAUAUAACAAGAGUAAACUAGUUAUUAAAAGCAUUUUUAAAUCUGAAGUUUUUAUUUUUCUUUUGAGUGUGCUGAGUCAUUUGCUCCCAUGCUGCCUCCCACCAUGCUGCUCUAGCUCAGCCCCUUUCCUCCCCUCCCUGCCUGUCAGCUCAUACUGGAAACAAGGCUCGGUGUGAGCAGUAGCGACAGUGGUGCUGCUGCUGCCGCCUUUCCACAGACUGGGACCAACUCUGCCUGGCAGUGAGAGGAGCACUUCUAUCAAGAAGCCAAAAGCCCUGGGAGGAAUUUUUCAUUACACAGUUGUUAGGCAGCAGAGAGGUGGGGGAGCGCUGAUGUCAUUAGCAGGGGUGUGUGAGUGCAUCAGCAGCCAUGUCACAUGCUGCUAGGUGGGUCAGUGAUGCGGACGGAGAUGCAUGGCAGUUGCACCAGGCACAGAAGCAGCAGAGUCAGAGUUGGCUGCAGUGGGCACACGGAGGAUGCUCUUCCCCAACUGUGGUAGCAUGCCUGGUUCCCAGGAGAUCUCCUCGUCCCGGGGGUCACCCGGUGUCAGUGAUCUGGGCCUGGGCCUUCAGUCUCUCCGUCUGUCUGGCUGGGAUAGGCCCUGGAGCAACCAGGAGACAGACACCCACAGCUCCCCUUCCCAGGUUCAGACAAGCUCUCCCUCCAUGUUGGGUAUACUGAACAGCCCCUUCAGUAGCUACCUUGGAAAACCUCCAGGCUACCUGCCGGAGUCUGUGAACAUAACUGCUGACCUCCUGGAGAAGUUCCCCAGCAUGGCUCGCAUGGCAAACAGACUGGACUCCAGUUCCUUCUUGGACUCUCGCUCCAGCAGUCCUGAAGACUCAGAGACCAGUGGCUUCAGUUCUGGCUCUGACCACCUCUGUGAUAUGCUGUCAACAUUGCGUAUUUCUCCUCCUCUGCCUUACCUGGCAUCAGGCAUGCAAAAGGAUCUGCUGCGUCUCAGCUCUCGCCUGGACCCCCAGGACUCCAGCUCUCCACUCAUGCCUCCAUCCAGUGCCAGUCCCUCUUCUGCUAUCUCCCACCGCUGGCGAUCAGGUUCUCCAUGGCCUGGAAGCGAUGUUCUUGACCAGACUAAUGAUACAUUCAGCAUUGAGAGGGAGGCUCGUCUACACCGGCAGGCUGCAGCUGUGAAUGAGGCCACAUUCACCUGGAGCGGUCAGCUGCCUCCAAGAAUUAACAAGGAUCACCUGUAUUCCUGCAAGGUCUUCCUGGGCGGUGUACCCUGGGACAUCACAGAAGCGGGGCUGAUCAACACCUUCAGUGGGUAUGGUCCUCUGAAUGUGGAGUGGCCUGGUAAGGAUGGGAAACACCCUCGAUGCCCUCCUAAAGGUAACGUGGCCAAAGGCUAUGUUUACCUGAUUUUUGACAAUGAGAAGUCUGUCCGAGCCUUGCUCCAUGCCUGCUCCCAAGAUCCAUUUCACCCUGAGGACAAUAGAGAGUAUUACUUCAAAAUGUCCAGCCGCAGAAUGAGAUGCAAAGAUGUGCAGGUCAUCCCUUGGGUCAUCUCUGACAGUAACUAUGUGCGCUGUCCUGCCCAGCGUCUGGAUCCCAGUAAGACGGUGUUUGUCGGUGCACUGCAUGGAAUGUUAAAUGCUGAGGCACUGGCCAACAUCAUGAAUGACCUGUUUGGAGGAGUCAUGUACGCUGGCAUUGACACGGACAAGCACAAGUACCCCAUAGGCUCUGGACGUGUCACUUUUAACAAUCAGCGCAGUUAUCUGAAAGCUGUGUGUGCUGCAUUUGUGGAGAUUAAAACUCCUAAGUUUACAAAGAAGGUCCAGAUUGACCCCUACUUGGAAGACUCCAUGUGUCAAGUUUGCCUUCGCCAACCUGGGCCUUUCUUCUGCAGAGAGCAGGCCUGCUUCAAGUAUUACUGCCGCUCCUGCUGGCACUGGCAACACUCCAUGGACAUUCUGAGCAACCACCGGCCCCUCAUGCGCAACCAGAAGAACAGAGACUCCAGCUAGAGCAGAUGGAUCCAGUUACUCUGAAGGACCAGAGGACGAGCGUCCCUCUUUCAGGGGGCCGAGGCUGCCCGCCAAGGAGAGCACGAGUGCCAGACGUCCCCCUCUAUUUGGGGGGCACCAUGGCACUCCACCAGGCACUGGGGAUUUCACUGUAGAAAAUGUUCACUUUUGCACUUGCUCCAUUUUUGCUGUUGUUCACAGUGGCACUAUGCACAGUGUGAUCCUCUUAGAGACGAAGGGCCCUUCACACCAAUGCAUUUUCCCAAACUUGUGGCCAGACUGAGAUAGGAGUCAGCCGUGGGUUAAGAAGUGCUAGAAAGUGCCAUUUCUUUCUUUUCUUUUUUUUUUUUACGUGUUGCAUAGUGAAGAGCAAUCACGCAAGUCUCAUUGCCAUUCAUUGGCAAAUGCCAUACAGUGCCUUUAAAUUUUUAUUUUUCCCCGUCCUUUCCCUCAACCCCCAGUUGGCAUCUGUUUUUUCCCUGUGCAAACCAACUGGCGUUUCUUACUUUUGAGAGUUGAAUGUUGGGCUUCAUUUAACCAGUCGCAUUUCAGACAUUUUUACGCAGUUUUUUACUAAUUUGUACACAAACGGUUUUAAGUCAUGACAUGAAAAUUUUUGAACAGAAUUCUACCCGGUGGCUGUUUAUGGGAAACCCCCUCUUUUUAUUUAGUUUUUUUUUUUCAUAGAAUCUGAUUUUUUUUUUUUUUCUUUUUAAAUCCACUCUCCCAAAUUUUGACUAAUGGGCACAAAAGUGUUGAAAGAACAACGUUACCUUGCAUUAUUGGACCAGUCCUAUUAAAUAUAUGUAGCAUUCGUACUUCAUCUGCAUUAAAUGAUAACCUGCGGUUUCUUGAAGCAUCUUGAAUGGAUCCUGUUGAGACUUCAGUGAAUGAGCAUUUGACUGUACAUAGUUUGAUUACUGCACUUUUUAAUUUGCACGUGUGGAGAGGUGGCAGUGGUUUUUAAUCACUUUUGUGCAUCAGCAGGGGACGCACAUGCUUGCGUCUCCUGUUGAAUGUAAGAACUUCCACUUAGCUGAUGAUAAAUAAUCUGUCAGAGCUUGAGUAGACCUCAGUAUUUGACUCCAUGCUUUCUUAAUCCCAUUUUUGCCUUCCUGUUCCAGUUGGACAUUGAUGCAUAAUAAGCUGUGUGCCAAAGACAAAUUGUCUUUUCUUUAUCCAUUAGGUUUGUGAUGCUGAGCUUGUUGUCUCUUAGCCCAGCUGCUUUUUAGAGUUUUGAAAGUCUACCUCAUUGUGGUCUGCCAAGUUUGUUGCUACUUGCAGUUGUGGAGUAUGUUCAGGUUGGGCACAAUAAAGGUGUUUAAGCAUUA